AUGGUAAUAGAACCAAGUGUACCUUCACACGUGGAGCUAUCACCCAUAACCCGAACAUACAAUACAACCUCACCUAUUUCCAGUCCCACACAUCGAUUUCAACUUCAAUUAACAAGCCAUUACAAGUAUAUCCAAUCGAGUGAGACCAAUGCCGCCUCCACCAUACAGGUUUUACCAAUCACAACGUCAAGCUCAUUUGAAAUUCCUUCUCCCACUCAAUCUGACCCACUUUCAGUGUCUGUAACACCAGAAGUUCCAUCACUUGUAUCGCCACAUGAUCCACCCUACGACGCUGAUUUAUAUUACCCACAAAGAGGUAGUAUUAAACCAAGAGGAACGUCCUUAUUUGGCCGCGAUAUGUUUGAUGAGUAUGUUGGAAACCGAUACGAUAGGUUCAGGCCAACGGAGUCACAACAGAAUAAUGAUGUUGUUAUGAAUAAUAUGCAUCCGUUUCAAAGAGAUGAUUAUGGGUUAGAGCCAAAGACAUUUUUGGAGAGUAUUGCAGCGUGGUUUAAAUCAAAAUCAGUUGUGUCAGACUUGGAAAUGCAACAGCGAAAUGAUGACGAUGACGACGAAGACGUGAAGAGUGAGUCUUUGCACAACACUGUAGUGAUUGAUCAAGAAGAUAAUACUUCACCACAUCCGGUAUACACCCCGAGAGGGAUCCCUAUUAAUGAGUUUGUCUUGAACUACAGUAAGCCAGUUGAUGAUUCAAACCUUGGCGAAGAAACAGAACGAAGAACCGCAAUUGUCAAUCUGUUUGAUGAAGAAGUGCGCGAUUUAGUUGAUGGCCUGGAUAAUUUCUUGACAUCUUGUUUUGAUGGAAUCUGGACAUUCUUUAAUGACUCCAUCACGAACUUCUCAAACUUGUGCUAA